ACAGUCUGCGUUCAUGCGAUUUCAAAUUUGCAGUGUUUCAGGGAAAGAAACUAAAAUAAUAAAAUAUAAACUUAGAAGGUGCAAAAGCUCAAAAUGAAAAAGCUUAACGAAAGUAGGUUAACUCCUGCUGUUGGCAGACGACGACUCCCUUCCCCCAAUGUAAACGACAAAUAGUUCUUCCUGACAAACCAACAUCAUAAUGAAUUUUGAGUCACUAGAAUAUUGAAUGCAGCAUGUGGAACCGACAACUGACAGCUCUACUGCAGCUUGAGCCACUGGCGUCGAUUAAGUUGCAAUUAGGAACUCAGGCUUACGGAUGUUGAUCUUCUCUUCAACGAACGUCCUUGCAACAACGCAGAGUUGAAGUUCUUAGCAGAAAAGUCUUUGGGUUGUUUUGGGAAACAGCAUGGUGCUGAUGGUGAUCGGGAAGUACGUUUUGAAGUGCUGAAGAUGGUUGUAUGUCGAUACUUUCUACAAGGCAUAUGUAAGUUUGGAAGUAACUGUAGAUAUGAACACUCAUACCGCGAAUAUGAAAACGAAGGAUCACCAACGAGUAGUUACAGAAGAACUUACGGUGGACAGUAUCAUGAGAGUGCAAACAGAUACAACACCGCCCCUCAGAAUCCAGCACUCUCCAACAUACGGGAUCUAAUGCAAGUUGUUAUAAAUGAGUUGAAUCUAAGUGAGCGAGGUGGGCAAUGGCCGCUAUCAUGUUUUGCUCCUUUUAAGGAGAAGCCAUGUUAUCCAGGUCUGGACGAUUACUCUCCUGAGGAAGUGCGAUGGCAGAUGUACGAGGCUGUGAAGUCAGGUUCUGUUGACGAGUGUAAAAGACGCAUCCAACAACUCCAUGAGUCAUACAAGGUGAAGAAAAAUAAUAUUCUUCAUCCUACUGCUGAAACGUAUGCAGUCGUUGAAAAGCUUUUCAAGGGUGAAAUUACAGCAACAAACUUCGCGCCGUUGCCUGCUGCACCACCUGCAAACUUCUCUUUCAACAUGUCAAAUAGCGGGGAGAGGCGAGCAACACCCAGUCUAUUUGGUGGUGGGGCGGUUGCAGUUGGCGGCGUUAACAAUAACAACACACCAAAUCUUUUUGGCGGAUCUGGAGAAACUGUUCAACAAAGAAGUGUAUUUAACGUGACAGCACAAGGCAUUCCUACAGCUAACGUGUUUGGAAAUAGACAGACAUCAGCGCCAGCACCCAUGUAUGGUGGCACAGGUGCAGUUACAAACAAUGUGUUCCAUGUUGAAACGGGAAACUUGAAUAAGAGCAACUUUUUUGCGAACAACUCGCAACAGAUGUCAUUUGAUAAGUCACUUCAACAGCCUGCUGGUUUUACACAGCAAAGUGCCCAAGUAGGAAACGUGUCAGCUGUACAAACUGAUGUUUAUACAAAUCUGAAUGAACUUGUGGAAUCUGAACGAAAUUCAUUUAGUGCACAGACAUUUGCAAUGGGUCAUAUACCCAAAAGGCCGCCACCAAGAGAAUUCUGCGUGUAGCAGCUUAAAUUAUUGAUUCAAAAUUGACAUGAGCGAUGCUUACCCAUUCUUUUAAAAGCAUACAAAAAUAAAUGAUAUUGAACUCUUU